AAUCAAUUCAUUAACCCAUUUAUAAGCGGUCUCUAAGAUGUUUUAGUGUUACGGUGCACAUUGUUUUGUUAUGGAUGAUAAUGGGAGCAAAUUCAUGGCGGAUUCUGACAUCUGGCGAGCUAUCGCACUUUCCGCUCAUAUGCCGUACACGCUUGCAUCUCCGUAUCUUCCUUUAAUUCCCCAGGAAAGCACCCAUUUCUUAUCCCCCUGAGAAAAUGCAUUCGUUCGGUAUCCUCAAAUGUCUGGUUUGCGUAUUUCUUCUUAUCCUCUACAAUGUUUCAAAUGCAGAAGAAGACUCAAAUCGGGCACAGCAAUUACCCGAUUCGGCUCCGUUCCUGAUUCCAAUCCAUCCAGGCCGAGCGCCCCAGAGCAAAUCUGAAGACGGGAACCUGAAACUCGGUGCCCCGGUCGUGGCAUCCGGAAUCCUCUGUUUCAUCGCGGCCACAAUCUCAAGUGCUGGCGGAAUUGGCGGCGGAGGUUUAUACAUUCCGAUUCUGACCAUCGUUGCCGGCUUAGACCUAAAAACAUCGACAAGUUUCUCGGCAUUUAUGGUAACAGGAGGAAUAAUUUCAAAUGUUGUUUGUAACACAUUCAUUCCGAGUGGGGGAAAAGUUCUGAUAGACCUGGACAUAGCUUUACUAUCAGAACCGUCGAUGUUGUUGGGAGUGAGUAUUGGAGUGAUCUGCAAUGUUGUCUUCCCAGAUUGGCUCAUCACUGUUUCCUUUUCUGUUUUUCUGGUCUGGUCCACUGUAAACACCUUCAAGUCAGGAUUUGUUUAUUGGAGAAUUGAGUCUGAGAAAAGAAAUGGCUGCCCAGAAAUGGAGACUGUGUUGGUUGAUAAAGAGAGUUCUUGUGGGGAAGAGGAUCCAUUGAGGGGGAAUGGGACCCACAUAAUGAAGCUUGGUAUGUUGCUUGUGAUCUGGAUAUGCUUCUUCCUCCUACAUCUUUUUCGUGGGAACCGAUAUGGACAUGUAUGUAUGUAUACAUAUUCUGCAUGCUAACCGCUAAGGAUCCGUUUGGGAAUUAAUAACAUAGAAGCUUGUGGUGUGGUGUAUUGGAUCAUUUCAUCAAUUCAAAUACCUCUUGCUGUAAGCUUAACAACGUGGAUCUUGUUUAGCAACCAAAGAUGGCAGAGUUCGUCUUCCAAAGACCAGGACGAAGAAGGUGGUGCAACGAGAAGAGAGCCAAACAAGCUCCUUUUCCCAGUGAUGGCCCUAUUGGCAGGGGUUUUGGGCGGAGCGUUUGGCAUUGGUGGUGGAAUGCUCAUUAGUCCCUUUCUCAUCCGAUGGGGAAUACCACCUCAAAUCACAGCUGCGACCUGCUCAUUCAUGGUCUUGUUCUCCUCUACCAUGUCAGUGGCACAGUACCUACUACUGGGAAUGGAGCAUUUAGAAAGCGCCAUGAUUUUUGCAAGCAUUUGUUUG